CGUCAGACGCACGUUCGGAAAAGAAGCGCGAGUGAACAGCAGACCCCUGAAAUGACCUGAAGCCGGAUUUAUUUAGGAAAUUUAUGGACUUUUGGACUGUUUAAAGGGUUAAUAUAUCAAUAUGUCGGUGUUGAAGCCGUUUAGUAAGCUGCCUGGUUUGAAGACAGCGAACAUCUUGCUGGUGGAGAGCGAGGAGCAGUUUCAGCAGAGUUUAGCAGACGCUCUAGUGGAGGAGACUGCUGUCACUGUGAAUGUGAGACUAGCUAAGAGUCUGCCUCUGCCCAUGAAGAAUGAUGAGAGCCGUCCAAGGAUAGACCUGGUGGUGUUUAUCAUCAACCUGGCCUCAGAGCUCAGUUUCCAGUCAGCAGAAGCUUCCCUGAAAUAUUUAGACCCUGGAUAUUUCCUUGGAAAAGUCUGCUUCAUGGUCACUAAUGCUCGUAAUGCUUCAGUCCCCACAGAGCACAUGGACGCUGUCAGAAAACUGGCUGCAUCCCUGCACUGCCCCUUGCUGUUUGCAGAGGAUCAGACACCAGACGGUGUGACCAAUGCUGCAGACAGGCUGCUGACCAUCCUGAAGGUGGCAGCCGGCCUUGUUCCCAUGGCUACCACUCUCUACCUGUCCAACCUGACUCGCUGCACCGUGCCCCCAGACAUCGACCAGCCAAGCUUCGAUUAGUUCCUGUGGACCUUUUCUCAUCCAGUCUAACUUUUUCAUGCAUAUAUUUAUUUGUAGUCAUCCAUUGUGACUGGACUCUUAAAAACUGAUAACACAUGAGCAUGUUAUUUCCUCCAUUCAUUUGACAUUACGUUUUCUGCUUUGGUUUUGAGCUGCUGUAGUUUGUGUCUUCUCUCUGCAGUAAUGGUUUUUAUUUUCCCUAAAGUGCAGAUCAGCAGAAGCGGUUAGUGAGGGGCUCUUAACCAUCAGUGAACUGAGGAUUUCAAAUACUAUUACUUGUGCUAGAACUGGAUGCCAUACAAAUAUAUUGUAACUUAUAAACACGUUUCAUGAACAGUUCUUUCGCCUGAUCUGUAAAGAACACAACAGGUCUUUUUACAGAGGACGUUUUGACAUGUUACAGGAGGACAACAGGUCUUAGUAUUGUUCAUGCUUUAGGGGACAGCUGAAUAAAGUAGAAAUUGCUCAUGUUAUUAGUAACACCUCUGCUUUUCUUCUAUUAUGUCAAGUCAAAAGUUCUCUCAGCAGCAAAUGUGCACACUAAACUCAAACUGUUCAGUUUUUGACAGUUUGACAUGAAGCAGAGUAUUUUUAUCAACGCAGUCAUCUUUUUCAAUAUUAACUUUUAACAGUCAUCUAAUGGACAGGCUGGUAGUUUUACUGAAUGUUCAUUUUUUGUGUGCAAUUCAUCAAUUAAAGACUCUGCACGUACACAGUACACCCGCACAGGUGAGUUUUUUGUAUUUUAGCUGAUAACAUCUCUUCUGGAAUGUGGGUGUUUACAGGCUGUACUGUAUUUACAAAUCCUUCACUGACAUGAUGGAAUUUACAGCAUGGCUCCACUUAUCUUCACCAAAAAGUAUCAGUCUGCUGGCUGUAUAUCAGGGCCAAUAAAAACAUGCUGCUGCACAGCUUCAUAUUAUUUCUGUAUUGUACAGUGUUUGUAAUUAUACAGAACAGUAUGCUUUCUGUUUUUAUACUGUGUAGCAUGUGUGUACUUGCAUGUUUUCAUGGUUCACUGACAUUUGAACUAUCUAUUGGAUGCUUUUACAGUAAAACCGGGAGUGUCAGUACUGGCAAUUCAAGAUGUCUACAAUUAAUAAAAGCAAGACUGAUCAUCUGUCUUGGUUAUACUGGAA